GCGACGACGCCGACAGAAUCAUCCGAUUUAUCUCAAAUCUGUGCUUGGAUGGCACAACAAAUGCGUAUUCAGCAGGAAGAUAAGCAAGAACAAAGGCGUUUCCAGCAAGAGCAAAUGCGAUUUCAGCAAGAGCAAAUGCGUAUCCAACAAGAAGAUAAGCAAGAGCAAAGGCGUAUCCAACAAGAACAAACACUUAUUCAGCAAGAGUUUCAACGAGAACAAGCUCGAAACCAACAGGAACAGCAGCGGCAAAAUCAAGCUAUGAUGCAACAGAUGGUCGAGUUAACUAAUUUGUCUCGUGAGAACUCUCAAAAUGGAAUACGUAAUAUUACAAGUGAAGACAAUGUUAUACGUGCGGAUCCGGAUAGUUCAAUUACACGUCGCCAGCCAAUUUCGUCAGUAGCAACUGCACAUGCUGUUAAAUUGUUGACGACUCAAAUUCCUGAAUUUGCCGGAACAGAAGAAGAGAAGAUAGAAAUAUGGAUUCAGACUGGAGAGAGAAUUGCACAAAUCCAUGCAGUUUCGGAUGAUGUGUUACUCUUAGCAGCUUCUAGUAAGCUCGUCAAAAAUGCCAAAAGAUGGUUUGAUCUCAAUGUAACAACGUUGAUCGAAUCAUGGCAGAUAUUUAAAGAAGCCAUAAUACGUCGAUUUAAAAGGAAGAUAUUGUUUCAUGUGGCUAUGCAAAAAGUUGAAGCAAGAAGAUGGAAUUUUCCAAAAGAGCAAUUCCAAGAUUACGCCAUGGACAAAUUAGUGCUGAUGAAAAAUCUAAACUUGCCAGAAGAAGAUGCCAUUCAUCUACUUAUUAAUGGUAUCGGAAGCCGAUCGUUGAGAGAAACAGCAGCGGUGUUUCAUUGUGCAACAGUCGAUGAGUUCCUGGAAGAAAUGCACCGGAUAACAUCGGUGUCGGCCGAGCCCACUCGGAAGAUUCAUCAGCAAGAGAUCAAGAAUGAUAAGGUGAAAAAUAGUGAGGACACGGUUCCUAAAUAUAGCUCAGUGUCAAAAUCGGACAAAGAUGUGUUUUGUGUUUAUUGCCGGGCAAAAGGUCAUGUCCGAGCUGACUGUUACAAGUUAAAAAAGAAAGAGCAAUCACCACCUGUGGUAACUGCCAAACCAGCAUCAGUGGUAUCUGCAGUGGAAGAAGACGUUCAGGAGAUGGAGAUUGCGACAGUGAAUGAAGAUUUCGGUAGGAAGUUAGAAAUUCCUGAUGCGCGUAUUAUUGUAACUUCGGUGAAUGAAAUUCCAUGUAAGUUGAAUGCGUUGUUAGAUACCGGAAGUCCCGUUUCGUUUAUUAAGUCUUCGAUUUUUGCAAAAUUUAUAAAAGUCGAUUUAGAAAAGAGUGAGAAAAUAAAACGAUAUAAAGCGGUGAAUAAUACUUUUGUUAAUAUAUUAGGAUCUGCUCAAACGGUAAUUUCUCUGGAUUUAUUACCAAAUUUAAAAGCGUCAAUUUCUUUAUUGGUAUUGGAUAAUGACUCAUUUUCUUUUGAUUUAAUUAUUGGUUUAGAUUUCUUUAAAGAGAAUAAUAUUUCAAUUUUAUGUAAACCAUCUGAUAUUGAAGUUGAUAAUCAAAUUCGAUUAUUUCAAGAAGUAGCUACUACAGAAGAAAUUAAAGAUAAAUCUGAAGAUAUACUGUCAUUAUUGCAAGAUGUCGAUACUAAUUGUAAUGAAUCAAAUAAACAAGAAUUAGAGUUUGAGGAUAAUGAUAAUGAGGUUGCGUAUAUAGAACCAAUGCCUCUUGAAAGAGAGCUAGAAUAUAAGCAGUUGCGAGAUAUUAAAUUAAAGAAUAUUGCGGAAAAAUUAGAAGUUGAGGAUAACGAAAAAUUUACAUUAAUAGAUGGACUUGUCUUUCAUAAAGGAAAGGAUAAACCUAGAUUUGUAAUUCCAGAAGUUAUGAUAAAUAACAUUAUUCGGGUAUAUCAUGAUGAUAAGGCGCAUUGCAACGUUAACAAAACUUUCCAAGGUAUAUAUGAGAAUUAUUGGUGUCCUUCUUUACGAAUAAAAGUGAUAGAUUAUAUAGAUAACUGUUUGACUUGUAUGAUGACAAAUGCGACUAUUAGUACUCGCGAGGGCGAAUUACAAUUAGUAGAUAACCUUAAAUCCCCGUGUCAAAUUUGGCAUACGAACCUUUUUGGCCCAAUAUCAGAGUCAGUUGAGGGAUACAAGCAUAUUUUGGUAAUAGUAGAUGCGUUUACGCGAUUUACUUGGUUGUUUCCUGUCAAAUCUACCAGUACAAAAGAAAUUAUCAAACAUAUGGAACUAUUGUUUAACACAUUUGGAAAUCCAAAUAUUUUAGUAUCGGAUAAAGGUACAGCAUUUGCUUCGAAUAAAUUUUCAGAAGUUAUGCAAAUUCAUAAUAUUAAACAUCAUCAAGUUGCUGUUGAUGCUACAUGGGCAAACAGCAUAGUAGAGAGAGUUAAUAGAUUUUUAAAAGCAUCUCUUGAAAGAAUUGUUGGGGAACAACAAUCAUGGAGUUCCGCGGUUGGAUCUAUCCAGUUUGUGAUAAACAAUACAGUUCAUUCUUCAGUGAAGGCUUCUCCUUCAAAAUUACUUUUUGGUUAUGAGCAACGUAGUCACUCGGAUAAUGAGUUGGUUAAAAAUUUAACUCAAUUAGCAGAAAUUGAAUUAAAAGUAUCGGAUGAACAAGAUAUCGCUAAUGAAUUAGCUGUAGAAAUGACUGAUGAAAUAAAAGAUUAUAAUAAAGCCAAUUAUGAUAAACAAUAUAAAAAACCAAUUCAGUAUAAAGAGGGAGAUUACGUUAUGAUAAGAGAUACUGCGGUAAAACCCGGAGAAGAUAAGAAAUUAAAGCCAUGUUAUAAGGGUCCGUAUAUGGUUACAAAGGCCUUAAAUAAUAAUAGAUAUAUGAUUCAAGAUAUUCCAGGUUUUAAUGUGACCUCCAGGCCUUAUAACUCUAUACUUUCCCCAGAUAAAAUAAAAUAUUGGAUAAAACAACCAGAGCCAUAAAAAUUUUGGAAUAAAGAUAAUAAAAAGUGUUGUUUUAUGCGAUAAUCAUAAGUUUAAAAUAGUUUAAGUUUUGCGUGCAUUAAGUUUAAGAUUACUAUGUUUAAAAAAUGAAAGUUUGAAUAAUUAAUAAUAAUAAUACUAUGAUUUAUGUUAAAGAAUAAGUAAGGAUUUGUGCGAAUAGUUUAAGUUGUAUUGAAAUUAUAUUACUAGGGUAUAUUUUAUUUUGUUUUUGAGAAUUAAUUUCCGUUAAGACAUUCGGGACGAAUGUAUUCGCAGAAUGGCCGAACUGUAAGAUUAUUUGUGCCGUGCUUGAGUAGACCGUAAGGUGUGAUUGGUCGCUUGAAGUACUGAGUUGCGCCGUAGCCCUCUGCGCAGGAAGAAACGCCUGGAUUGGCGGAGAGUGAGAAAGAACAGUGAGAGGAGUCAGUCGUUGUUGGACGCUAGUCACGUACGCGUCGUUGUGCAACUAUCGAGUAAUAAAAGUUACCUUGUUCCUUCAAUA